AUGGAAGGGGCCAUCAUCUCCCGUUCCCCCAACACAAGGGUUGCCGUGGUAACCGGAGGCAACAAAGGCAUCGGGCUAGAGGUGUGCCGGCAGCUGGCCGACAACGGCGUCUCCGUCGUGCUGAUGGCCAGAGACGAGGCCAGGGGCAUGGCGGCCGUCGAGAAGCUCAAGGCGUUGGGACUCUCCGACAUCGUCUUCCACCAGUUGGAGGUGACGGAUGCUUCCAGCAUCGAUCGUCUAGCUGCUUUCCUGGAGAGCCGUUUCAGGAAGCUCGACAUCCUGGUGAACAAUGCCGCCACUGGUGGAAAUGAGCGGCUAGAUGAUGUAAUAAUACCAGGCGUGGAGAAGUUCGACGGCAUGGAUGUGCAUCAGAGGCUGGAAUGGAUGAAGAACAAUACGCGGGAGACACACGAGGCUGCGAAACAGGGCGUGCAGACCAACUACUAUGGCACAAAGCACGUUACCGAAGCUCUCCUCCCCCUGCUCCUCUCCUCUUCCGACGGAAGGAUCGUCAACGUCUCCUCCAGCUUCGGACUGCUCAUCACGCCCGCCAAAGAACUCCCAUGCAUAUAUGUGGAGCUGAGGCGGCAGCUUGAUGACAUCAACAGCCUGACCGAGAAGAGGCUGGACAAGCUGCUUGAUGCCUUCUUGGGAGGCUUCGACGACAGCAGUGAGCCAGAGACGUGUGGCAGGGGGCGAACGGCGGGGUUCUCGGCGUACAAGGUAGCCAAGGCCGCGGUGAACGCCUACACGAGGAUGCUGGCGAGGAGGCAUCCAGCACUGCGCGUCAACUGCGUGCAUCCGGGCUACGUCAGGACCGACUUUUCCAUGAACUCGGGGCUCCUCUCGCCGGAGGAGGGCGCGCGCGGCGUGGUGAAGUUGGCGCUGUUGCCUAACGGAGGACCCACCGGCGCCUACUUCGCUGAGGGCCAGCUGCAGGUGUCGUUCGUGUGA